CCUCUCUCUCUCUCCCGGUGUCGCUGUUAUAGCAUAACCUAACAUUCAUCCAGUCCAUCGUUGAAUAUUUUUCUGAGGCUCUUUUCAAUAGUACUUCAAUAUGGGUAUUUCGCGGGAUCACGCGCACAAGCGCCGUGCCACUGGUGGUAAAAGGAAGCCCCUCAGAAAGAAGAGGAAGUUCGAAUUAGGUCGCCCUGCUGCCAACACCAAGCUUGGACCCCAGAGAAUCCACACAGUUCGUACUCGUGGUGGAAACAAAAAAUACAGAGCACUCCGUUUGGAUCAUGGUAAUUUUGCCUGGGGCUCUGAAUCAAUUGCACGCAAAACACGUGUCAUCGAUGUUGUCUACAAUGCAUCAAACAAUGAAUUGGUCAGAACCAAAACUUUGGUAAAGAAUGCAAUUGUUGUUAUUGAUGCUGGACCAUUCAGACAAUGGUAUGAAUCCCACUACCUCAUGACUCUUGGACGCAAACGUGGUGCCAAAUUGACCGAAGUUGAAGAAGAAAACAUGAACAAAAAACGUUCAAAGAAAACCGAAGCUAAAUACAAGGCCAGACAACGUACAGCCAAAGUUGAACCAGCUUUAGAUGAUCAAUUCAUGACCGGACGUGUACUUGCUUGUGUCUCAAGUCGCCCAGGACAAUGUGGUCGUGCUGAUGGUUACAUUCUUGAAGGAAAAGAAUUGGAAUUCUACAUGCGUAAGAUCAAGAGCAAAAAAGCUAAAUAAAUGUAACAAACACCACUUUUAAAAUUAAUAAAAAAAAAAAAACAUAAAAAAAACAAUUU